GUCGUAGGAGCUGAGUCGUAGGCGGCACCGGCUGGGGUCUCCCGUGGCCGGCACCGCGGCGGCGGCGGCCCGGCGAGCGGGAUGUUCCGGGGUUUGAGCAGCUGGUUUGGCUUGGAGCAGCCGGCGGCGGGCGAGCGGCAGCCAGGGGGAGACGGGCCGCCCGCGGGAGACGCUCCACCGGAGCAGGACUCCGAGGCGGUGGCAGGGACCGCCGAGGAGGAGCAGCAGCUAGCAGUGGACCAGGAGCUCCUUCACCAGGCCAGAGACCUCGGCAACUAUCUGUUUAACUUUGCAACUGCUGCUACAAAAAAGAUUACUGAGUCCGUUGCCGAAACAGCCCAGACGAUAAAGAAAUCGGUAGAAGAAGGAAAGAUAGAUGACAUCAUUGAUAAGACAAUUAUAGGAGACUUUCAAAAGGAACAGAAAAAAUUUGUUGAGGAACAGCAUACAAAAAAAUCAGAAGCGGCAGUGCCCCCGUGGGUUGACAGUAAUGAUGAAGAAACAAUUCAGCAGCAAAUCUUGGCCUUAUCAGCAGACAAGAGGAAUUUCCUUCGCGACCCUCCAGCUGGUGUGCAGUUUAAUUUUGACUUUGACCAGAUGUACCCCGUGGCCCUGGUCAUGCUCCAAGAGGAUGAGCUGCUGAGCAGGAUGAGAUUCGCCCUGGUUCCCAAACUCGUGAAGGAAGAAGUGUUUUGGAGGAACUACUUUUACCGCGUCUCCCUGAUCAAGCAGUCAGCCCAGCUCACGGCCCUGGCCGCCCAGCAGCAAGCUGUGGGGAAGGAGGAGAAAAGCCUGGGCAGAGAGGAUGAGCUGCCCCUGCCAGAGGCAGUACGGCCCAAAACGCCACCUGUCGUAAUCAAAUCUCAGCUUAAAACUCAAGAGGAUGAAGAGGAAAUUUCUACCAGCCCAGGUGUUUCUGAGUUUGUCAGUGAUGCCUUCGACACCUGUAACUUAGACCAGGAGGACCUGAGGAAGGAAAUGGAGCAGCUGGUGCUGGACAAAAAGGAGGGAGAGACAGCUGCACUGGAAGAGGAUUCUGCAGACUGGGAAAAAGAACUGCAACAAGAACUUCAAGAAUAUGAAGUGGUAGCAGAAUCAGAGAAACGAGAUGAAAACUGGGAUAAGGAAAUAGAGAAAAUGCUUCAGGAGGAAAAUUAGUUGUAUCCUGAAAUAAAAGAAUAAUCCUUAACAUGUUGUAACUGACAUUAAAUAGAUAUGGGCACUCACUGAA